CACGUUUCACUAUCACAAUUUGCGCCCUUUGGUCCAAUAACAUUUGGAAAGUCUACAAGAGCUAACUUAAAAUAUGUUAUUCCCAUAUAAGUUAGCCAGGCGCUAAACCGGAAGUUAGCCAGCACUGGCACACGCUCUAUCGGCCCGGGGUACAUUUUAUCGCCACAAAGUCCAGCCAUUUUGGCUUCAUGCGCCACUGAGCAGCUUACACAUAAAUGGACAGGGCUCAGUCUCAAAGGCUGUAUCUAUGUUUUAAUUUAACGCCUUGUUAUAUUACAAAACACAAGAGAGACCCGCUGCUCUCGGGUGUUCUGGUGUCGUCACAGCGCCGUCAAUGGACGGAGUCAGUACUGCAGGGAUGACUCUUUAAAAACAUUGCCGUGGCAAUAAUGUUGUUGCGAAAUGUUUAUCGAGCUGAAAUAAGGACAUACAUGUCUGUGCUUUCAGUAUUUUAUUUGUAACAUGGUACAUAGUUAACACCGAAGUUAUAGCCCAGGGGUGAUUAAUUGACUACAUGUAGGAGACUAACGAUCUUUGUGUCAUUAGAAUGUCGUUACAUCUAGGGUAUUGUUUCAGUUGUGUAGAUUUUAAAAUGAAUUGUCAUUUUAUACAUAUUAGCUUUUAUAUUUAAUCCCAACACGUGAUGCAAACGCAAAUAAGGUGUACAGUCAGACGAGAGGCGGGUAAAGCAAGUUUUUCUUUCCUCUGAAGUGAAAGUGAAAGUGUCCCCUCAACAGAACACGUCUGUACGGUGCUCGAGCAGCAAGGAGAAACUCCGACCCAAAAGCAUGGGUUUGAUAUUAAAGAUACUUAUUUACUUGCACCUGUUUGCAGCUGUGCAGUGUGUCCCUCAGAUGUCAUGGCUGCCCUGUCAGUUCAUUGAUGAGCAUGUCUUCCGGAAUAUAGAGGGUCACACUGAGACUGACCUCAUCCACAGAGAGGCUAUGCUGCAGUUUGGUCAAAAAGGAGACGCUCCUGUUAACCCAAAUGCCAUCACUUUCCUAGUCACUGGAUCUAAGUUGGACCUGCGGCGGUACAUAGACGGAGUGGAGGUAGAGCAGCUGGAGUGUGAGCUGCGUAGGUACAGCACACAAGGCAUCCAUGUUCGCUGGCCAGUUAAGGGGGCCGAGGAGUACAACCGCUGGUUCAGCUGCACCCUCAAACACACCAGUGGCCUGUUCACCAUCAUCAGCUUCCUCAGACAUCCAACUGACCAGCCCCCCUCAGGACAGCAGGACUAUCACAGCUGGCCUGCUAUCGCAGACAGAGAGAUAUUCACCACAACAGUUGUCAUGGUCCUUCAAACACAGACUCCAUCAGUGAUAGUGGGCCUUAGUACGGAACAAAAGCUCCACUGCCACUUCGCAGUUGACCACAAAACACCAAACAUCACUGUGGAGUGGCACUUUCAGCAUCGUGGAGAGAGAGCCAAACUCUUCAGCCACACCAGCCGCACAGGGCAGGUCCAGGGAUCAGGUGUUGGGCUGAAGGCCCUCGCAGGCGGAGACGCUUCCUACAAACUUCCCCUCACCAAGAUGAGCAGUGAAGGGAUGUACAUUUGUUCUGUGUCAGUGAUGCCACUGUUCGCCAGCUUGGAUAUUAGUCUGCAUAUCGAAGAGGCUCCCAUUGUCACCCUCAAUGUUGGACCCACUCUCCUGAUGCAGGAGGGCCAGGAGCAGAAGGUUAUUUGUGAGGCAGAGAAGUACUAUCCUCUGGAUGUGGAGAUAGUUUGGUACCAGGGCCCGGCAGUGUCAGGCCAGAGGGUGGGUGCUCCACUCCCCAAGGUGCUCCAGAACAUUCUGCUGUCAAGUCACAGACACAACCAGGACAAGACCUACUCUCUGUCGGCUUUCUUCUAUCUCCAGCCUACGCUCAGUGACUCGGGUAGACAGUAUACAUGCAGCGUCUCACAUAAGUCCCUGAGAGUGCCCAUCCGAAAGAGCUUCAUCCUGACUGUUGAAGAGCCAAGCAGCUGGAUUUUUACCCUCACUGUUGUCUUCGUUCUGGUCAUUCUGCUGGUCAUCCUGUGCAUGAUGCUGCCCCAGCUGCUCUCAGCAGGAAAACGAUCAGUGCAGAAGAAACCAUACUGAACAGCCUUGGAUUUUUGAGCCAACCAACCGGCAACACCAGUGAUGACAGACUGCCCUCCUCACUCAAUUGCUAUCAUUAUUGUAUGUUUUUGGAUGUCAUCGACAUUUGACUUUUGCCUAUUGAGAUGAAUUUGGGUUUCUGUGAAACUGAAUGUGUUUUUCUCGUUGCACUGAUUUUUCGUGAUUCUAAUGCUAAAGAUUAAAUGAAGAAAGUAAAUGACGGCUCUCCUCAGCAGACAGCAAUCCACCCAUUUCUAAACAGGAAUCACAGGUUUAAGGUACCAUGACUCAUCCCCCAUCGCAACUCUUUCUCAGGAUAAAUAAACCUGAAAACGACUUGUAGUCAUAUCAACAUCACACCGGUGUUUCUCUACAGUUUUAAUGUCUGUAUGUAGAAUAUGUAGUUAAUAAUGUUUAUUAUUAAAGGCAAACCCAAUGUAAACAUGAUAACGCAAUUAUAAUGUAGCCUAAUAAAGCUUGACAGUGCGACCACCAGAGCUGCCGGCUGCCAUCCAGCCCUGCACACACACACACACACACACACACACACACACACACACCGUCUCUGUGAGAUCUCGCCUGUCAUCUCCAGGUUGAACAGUUAUUGUACAAUACUUACAGUAUGGUUGUUUUCAUCUUCUGUCGAAUCCAAAAAGCAACAAUAAACAAGGAUCAAAAUCAGUGUGCAACCUAAAUUGGCACAGGACAUGGAAAAGUCUGCUGAUGCUGCUCUGUGCUUUGAGCUCUGGGAUAUAUUUUGUUUGUUUUCCUUAAUUUCUUGUAACUUCAUCAAACAAAUGCAUUGUUUACAGUACGUGCUUAUGAGCACAUGCAAUAAAAUGACAUGCUCUGGUGGAUGCUAGAAUGUUGGUGUUCAGGAAAUGUAGGUCCAGGCUGGUAAAUAAUUAAUCAAUGGAAACACUGAAUAAAACUUUGUGUUAAUUUAUUGACACCA